UGUUAACAAAUUUGUAGCACUUAUUUUCCACAAAGGACUUAAUUGAAAGAGAAUUAAUACAUCAAAAAAUAAAAUGUAAAAGAUUAAGAUUUCAUUGAUAUAUUUAGCUACAAAGUUUCAAAACAACAAAAACACCAAGAGUGAAGCUUGCAUCUCAUCAUAGAUGAAAGGAUUACAAUAAUGGGCGCCCGGAAUUGGAAAGAUGACGGUUCUGCAACUUCCGGCCACAAAAUUCCGUUCGAACUUGAUCCUCCGGAGAAACCCAAGAGAAACAAAUUUGCUUUCCUCUGUGCAAUCAUGGCUUCCAUGGCCUCCGUCUUACUCGGUUACGAUAUAGGUGUAAUGAGUGGAGCAGCAAUCUUCAUCAAAGAUGACUUCAAAAUCUCCGACGUCAAAGUCGAAAUCCUCGUCGGAAUCAUCAACCUCUACUCCAUCAUCGGCGCCGCAGCCGCCGGCAGAACCUCCGACUGGGUCGGCCGCCGUUACACAAUGGUUCUCGCCGCCGCCUUCUUCUUCGUCGGAGCCAUUCACAUGGGCCUCGCCCCCAAUUACGCCUUCCUCAUGUUCGGCCGAUUCGUCGCCGGUAUCGGCGUCGGAUACGCCGCCUUGAUCGCCUCCGUCUACACCGCCGAGGUCUCUCCGACGUCGUCUCGCGGCUGCCUCACUUCAUUCCCCGAGGUGUUCGUUAAUUUCGGCAUUUUACUGCGAUAUGUUUCGAAUUACGCAUUCUCCAAGCUCCCAAUUCAUCUGGGGUGGCGAUUUAUGCUCGGAAUCGGCUUGAUUCCAUCGGUUUUCUUGGCCGCCGUCGUGAUUCUGAUAAUGCCGGAGUCUCCACGGUGGCUGGUAAUGCAAGGCCGAUUUACGAGCGGGGUUGUUACAAUGACGUUUUUGUCCCUGUACCGUGCGAUUACCAUUGGAGGCGUGUUCUUCCUCUACGCUGGGAUUGCGACGGUGGGUUGGGUGUUUUUUUACGUGGUUUUUCCGGAGACACGGGGAAGGAAUCUGGAGAAUGUUGAGGGGCUUUUUGGUAAUUUCCUGUGGAAAUUCUCCGUCAAGAAGGACGAAGAAAAAGACGCUGUGGAAAAUAGUGGUAAUAAGCAUGGUCAGAGUAAUUGAAAUGUUUAGGAAUAAUUAUUUUUUUAAUUUAUAUUUUCAAAGAAAUUAUAUUCUUCUAAAUCAAUUAGAAUUAGUAGGAGCUUCUUUUGAUGUC